AUGAUGAACUACCGAGGAGGAAGGGGGAUUGGCGCUGGCCGUGGUGCCUUUAACCCUAACCCUAAUUUCCAGUCCCUGCCUGGUUAUCAACAGCAGCAGCCUCAGCCACAAUACGUCCAUCGCGGCGGCGGUUACUCGCACCAGAAUCACCAACAACAACAGUUUCAGCAAGACACGUCACAGCCGCGUCAAUACCAACAGCAAUGGCUUCCAAGACGCCAGUUCACUGGCCGCAACCGUGAUGAAGUCGAGAAAACUUUGCAGUAUCAACAAGCCAUCGACACAAAUUCUGAAGAUUGGAAAACGAGGCUAAAGAUACCCGCACCUGAUACUCGCUACAGAACCGAGGAUGUAACAGCCACAAAGGGAAACGAGUUUGAAGAUUUGUUUUUGAAAAGGGAGCUUCUCAUGGGAAUAUAUGAAAAGGGUUUUGAAAGACCUUCUCCUAUUCAGGAAGAGAGUAUCCCAAUCGCCUUAACCGGUAGAGAUAUCCUUGCCCGAGCCAAAAACGGCACUGGCAAGACUGCUUCCUUUUGUAUUCCUGACUUGGAAGAAAUUGACCAAGAUAACAACCUUAUUCAAGGUACCUCUCGUUAG